AUGCCAGCUGAAGGGGAACAGCACUGCGUGCCCCCCAUUAGGGUCUGCUCAGACCCCAGGGAUGGGCUGGCCAUCUCUGCCUUCGUCUCACUCAUCAUCACGGGCCGCUUCCUGGUGGCGGCGAUGCUGCUGCUGCUGGUGGAGGUGAGCAACAUCUUCCUCACCACGCGCAUGCUGCUGAAGAUGAGCAACGUGCCUUCCCCGGUGCUCUACGAGGUCAACAAGUACGUCAACCUGGUGAUGUACUUCGCCUUCCGCCUGGCGCCCCAGGCCUACCUCACCUGGUACUUCCUACGCUACGUGGAGGUGCAGGGCCAGGGUGCCUUUCUCAUGGCCAACCUCUUGCUGCUUGAUGCCAUGAUCCUCAUGUACUUCUCCCGCCUCCUGCGCUCCGACUUCUUCCCCUCCUUGCACAAGGCCUCUGCAGGGAGAGACGUGGACGGGGAGAAGUUUCUAAUAGACUGAGAGACAUGUAUGCCGGGGCAGGAGCCAGUCUCCAGCUCCCGGAGGCCUCAGGCCCUCCAUACCUGCUCUGAUGUGCCUUAGGGCUCGCUCCCUGGCCACAGGCCCAGCCUUCGCCCGCUCUGCUGCCUACAAGCACCACCCUGCUGGACCAGUCUGACAGCCUUGCAAAGCCACGGGGAUGCUGCCAAAGCCAGGGGCCAAACCGAGGGGAAGGGAGCCAAAGCCGGUUUCUGUGCAGGGCACUUAAGGGCCAGGGGUGGCCGCCUUUCGCAGCUGAUGGCCUGAGAGUUGCAAGGGAAGGGACGAGUCCCUCCUGUGUUGUUGUUGUUACAUGCAU